UGGUGCCAUGUACCCCAAAUAAUGAACACAUAUCUAAACUUAUAAAAACUAAUUUAAUUAAAUUUUCACUAUACCAACAGAAAAAAACCAACAUUCUUCUAAGUCGAUAAAAAAUUGGAUUAAAAUUUUAAAAUAAGGUGAGCCAAGCAAAUGUGUAUGAAUUGCUCAUGGCUUCCAUUAUCUCAAAGCUUUAGUGGAACAGCAUAAACUGCAAAAUCUUUUGACAUGUUUGGAUUAUUUAAUAUUGGGAUAAUCCAAAUCAUCAAAUCACCAUCAUAUUAUAUAUAAACUCCUAAUUCCUCCAUUCUGAUACACACAAGAAAAAAGAAAUCAUCAAAUCCAAUUCUUCUCAAUGGGAAUCCAAGUGAAGAAGCAAUGGCUUCAAUUUGCUUGUGUUUUGGCAUUUUUCUUGAUUGCUACAUGCACUAUGGCAUAUUCACCUAAUAAUUCUUAUGAACUAUCAGAUUCAACACACAAUAAAGUACCAAACACAGUAUUCAAAAGUGCAGACUUCAAGGUACCCUCAGAGUCGGAAAAGGAAUAUAAGUCGUCAUUUUUGCCAAAAAAUAAUAACUACAAGAAGCCAUCAGUUUCAGGAGAUAACUAUAAGAAAGUAUCAUUUGUUCCUGAACAUGAAUCAUUCUUGCCAAAGAAUGGCUACUACAAGAAGCCAUCAUUAUCAGAAGAUAACUACAAAAAGGAGUCAUAUGUUCCAAAGGUACCCUCAAUGGCUAAACCAAAAUAUAAGGAGUCAGUUUAUCCAAAAUUUGACUACUUCAAAAAACCAUCAGUUUCAGAAGAUAACUACAAGAAGGCAUCAUAUGUUCCAGAGGUACCAUCGAUGGGUAAGCCAGAAUAUAAGAAGUCAUUUUUUCCAAAAUUUGACUACUUCAAGAAGCCAUCAAUUCCAGAAGAUAACUACAAGAAGACGUCAAAUGUUCCAGAGGUUCCCACAGAGCCUAAAACAAAAUACAACGUACCAUCUUUGCCAAAAAAUGACUACUAUAAGAAGUCAUCAGUUCCAGAAGAUAACUACAAAAAGGUUUCAUAUGUGCCAAAGGUGCCCUCAGUGCCUUUGCCAAAAAAUGACUACUACAAAAAGCCAUCACUUUCAAAAGAUAACUACAAAAAGGUAUGACAUGUUCCAAAGGUCCCCUCAAUGACUAAAGAAGACGACUACUACAAGAAAUCAUCGCCUUCUCCAUCACCACCACCUCCAUAUUAUUAAAUUUCCAUUUUAUUAUGUUCAACAUGGAUCGUCCUCCAGCUCAACAUAUAUAACCCUUAGGGUUCUCAUAUUAUGAGUUAGAAUGCCUGAUAUCAAAAUUUGUACUUCUUUAUUCAUUUGAUUUUCUUUUUCUUACUUUGGUUUGUAAUUGUUUUGUCAUUUAAAUUCUAUAUUUUUAAUGUUGCAAGAAA